GGAACCGGGGGGGGGAGCGAACUAAGGAUCCACCGCCACGAGGGUCCACCGCUUCUUCUUCCUCCUUUCACCUGCCUCAUUCAUUUUGAGCUGUAAACAAGCAUCGUAGAGGCUGAAACAAGGACACGACAAAACAAAAUAAAGAAAAGGAAGAAGAAGAAGAAGAAGAAGUCGACUUUGGAUAAUAAGAUUUGUGCAAAGGCUCUUUCUGUGCGAUCGUCUUGUUUCUUGGAGUGACGCUGGACUUUCCUGCGCUCCCUCGGCUGCAGGGAGCUCCUGGUCCACGUGUUUUGGAUGUUGACAGCUCGCUCCUUGUCGUGUUUUCCCUGCUCGUGUUCUGCUUGCACAGACGGAGCGAUAGAACCGAGCGCAGAGACACCUGCGCGCCUGUAGAUCUCCAUUUCUUUAGGCUUUUUUUUUCUGUUUUUUUUAUUUGUAUCUUUUUUUUCUUUCUUCCUACGGAUCGACGAAGAAAGAAAAGAGGACUGUAAGAUCGAAAAGAGGAAAAGGAAAACAAGUCUGCGUUCAUGUUUGGGAUUCAGGAGAGCAUCCAGAGGAGCGGGAGCAGUAUGAAGGAGGAGCCGAUCGGCGGUAUGAACGCGGUGCGCUCUUGGAUGCAGGGCGCCGGCCUGCUGGACGCCACCACCGCCGCGCAGAGUGGUGUAGGUCUGGCCCGAGCUCACUUUGAAAAGCAGCCUCCCUCGAACCUGCGCAAAUCCAACUUCUUCCACUUUGUGUUGGCUCUGUAUGACAGACAAGGGCAGCCCGUGGAGAUUGAACGCACUUCUUUCGUUGGAUUUGUCGAAAAAGAAAAGGAACCGACUGGAGAAAAGACAAAUAAUGGGAUUCAUUACAAAUUGCAGCUUCUCUACAGCAACGGUAUAAGGACAGAACAAGAUUUCUAUGUACGAUUGAUUGACUCCAUGACAAAACAGCCUAUUAUUUAUGAAGGUCAAGACAAGAAUCCGGAGAUGUGCCGAGUGCUGCUGACACACGAGAUCAUGUGCAGCCGCUGCUGUGACAAGAAGAGUUGUGGCAACCGUAACGAAACACCCUCUGAUCCCGUCAUCAUAGACAGAUUUUUCCUAAAGUUCUUCCUGAAGUGCAACCAGAAUUGUCUAAAGAAUGCAGGGAACCCAAGAGAUAUGCGACGCUUCCAGGUCGUGGUCUCGACAACAGUGAGUGUGGAUGGUCAUGUUCUGGCUGUAUCUGAUAACAUGUUUGUACACAACAACUCUAAACACGGGCGCAGGGCUCGCCGACUGGACCCCUCAGAGGGCACUCCAUCAUACUUGGAACAUGCCACACCCUGCAUUAAGGCCAUCAGUCCCAGUGAGGGCUGGACUACAGGAGGGGCCACUGUUAUUAUCAUCGGGGACAACUUCUUCGAUGGGUUACAGGUCAUAUUUGGCACCAUGCUCGUCUGGAGCGAGCUUAUCACACCUCAUGCCAUUCGGGUACAGACGCCCCCCAGGCACAUCCCCGGAGUGGUCGAAGUCACUCUGUCCUACAAGUCGAAACAAUUCUGUAAGGGAACACCAGGCAGAUUCAUCUACACAGCACUAAAUGAGCCCACAAUUGAUUAUGGCUUCCAGCGGUUACAGAAGGUCAUCCCCAGACAUCCAGGUGAUCCAGAACGCUUGCCAAAGGAAGUGAUUCUGAAGAGAGCAGCAGAUCUUGUAGAAGCUCUGUACGGAAUGCCUCACAAUAAUCAGGAGAUCAUUCUGAAGAGGGCAGCUGACAUUGCAGAGGCACUCUACAAUGUACCACGCUCCCACAAUCAGCUCUCUGGUCUGGCAAACAGCUCUGUGCACACUGGCAUGAUGGGUGUCAACUCUUUCCAUGGGCAGCUUGCUGUCAACGUCUCUGAAUCUACACAGGGAGCCAAUCAGGGUUUCAGUCGGAACACAAGCAGUGUGUCUCCUCAUGGUUAUGUGCCCAGCACAACACCCCAGCAGAGCAGCUACAGUACCGUGAGCACGAGUAUGAACGGAUAUGGUAACAAUGGCAUGACCACGCUAGGAGGAUCGCCCAACUUCCUAAAUGGCUCAGCUGCCAAUUCACCAUAUGCCAUCGUGCCCUCCAGUCCCACCAUGGCCUCAUCUACCAGCCUGCCCUCAAACUGCAGCAGCUCCUCAGGCAUAUUCUCUUUCUCGCCGGCUAACAUGGUGUCAGCGGUUAAACAGAAGAGUGCUUUUGCCCCAGUGGUGCGUCCCCAGGCCUCGCCACCUCCCACCUGCACCAGUGCCAAUGGCAACGGUCUUCAAGUAGAUCAGUCUUUUGUGGACUCUAGCAAGUAUUCCACAGCCAGCUCCCUGCAGGGACUGGCCUUCUCCUGAACGAUCACAGGGAUGAUUGUUCCACCCAUGUAGUGGCUCCUGGGCUGCUGAUGAUCAGUUAAUGCUCCUGGACCUGAUGGUCUCCCUGUCUCCAUGAGGACAAGGAAAAGAAAAGAUAAACCCCAACUUUGAAAACUCAGGCCUUUUUACAAGGAAUUUGAAAUGAAGGGGAAAGUAUGGGGUGUCGGUUUGCUUUUUUUCUAAAUUCAUUUUUAAAACUCGGUCAUUUUGAAGUGAACAUUAUAUGCGUUUUAUACAGACUGUACCAUACACAUAUGACACUAUGAAAGUUUCAUCUAUAAUGUUCCUGUUGUAUAGCAGUGAGGGGAAAAUCGCAGUUCUGUCUCACAGGUGAAUUUAUGUUUUAUGUUUUUGAGAUGUUUAAGAAGUUUCUAAUACUGAACAACUGUGUAAACAGGUGUUUUCUGUACAAACAAAAUGAAAAUGAACUCUUUAUCAUGGCGCUAGUCCACGGCCAAACAAAUGAAGUUUGCCAUACACGUUGCUUUUAUGUUUUUGUUUGUUUGUUUGUUUGUUUGUUUGUUUUUACCGCCAUAUUCAGUAAACUUUUGUAUUGGUUGUCCAGGUACAUGCUGAUUUGAUUAUGUCUUUAUGGACAAAACACUUAAAAACAAAAGCAGUCAUGAGCUGAUUUCUAUUAGCCUUCUGGCCCACUGUGAAGAUCCCAGACCCACAUCCUGCUCCAAGAGAGGAGUGCUUGAGGAAAAGGUUUUUUUUCUUUUUUAAUGAAUCCAUAUUUAUAUUUGUACAAAAAUAAUUUGCUGCUCAUCAGUGCCAGAAUAUGUAGUACAAAAAAGACAGAGUAUGUUAUGGGUUGCUCUGCUAUUCUACCUUUUUAUUUUUUAUUUUUUAUUUUUUUUUAUAUGUCCUGAAGAAUGUCUAAGGCACGAUAACCAAUAAGAAAAUGUCUCUAGGUUACGUAUGUAACCCUAGUUCCCUGAGGAAAUGAGACGCUGAAUCCAAAUGCUUUGAGAACACGCCCGAGUGUUCACGCUCUGAAAUAAUGUGUGUAAUCAGUUACAGAUAGGCCCUCAGGGGCCACAGACACAGCCUCCACAGCUCCGGACGGGGUUGAAAUAUGGCACCCCAAGCUGGGAAAGGAGAUCCCUCCUCAGAGGAAUCUCUCAUGCAUCCAGGCAAACCCUCUCACUGGAGGCAGUGCGAAGGGGGAAAGGUGUACAGACACAGCCUCAGCCAUGCCUGAUCCAUGGCGUCCAGCCCCAGUGGGGCUGGAGGGGUAAGGGAGAACCAGAGUGGACAGUGCAAUGUCUCUCGAGACGCGAACAGAUCUCCCAAACCUAGGCCGUUCCCUGGGUCUCAACCCCUGCCUCGACAGGGUAUCUGCUGCCUCGUUCAACUGGCCCGGGAUGUGAACUGCUCUCAAAGAGAGGAGUUUCCCCUGGGCACAAAGGAGGAUCUGGUGCGCCAACCUAAAUAGGGGGCACGAACGCAGACCUCCUUGAUGGUUGAUGUAGGAGAUCACUGCAGUAUUGUCUGUAAAGACCAACACGUGGUGACGAGAGGUGUAAGAGGAAAUGCUUCAGUUGCACGGCCAGCAUCUCUAGGCAGCUUCGGCCCCGAAAGUGAACGUCAGGAACUUCCUGUAAGAAGGUAGGAUAAAUACAUUAAAGUAGGCAUCCUUUAAAUCUACCGUGAUGAACCAGUCCUCAGAUCUGAUUUGAAGCACAACCUGCUUGAGGGUCAGCCUCUUGAACCUGAGUCUCAUGAGAGAGCGGUUCAGCUGAUGUAGAUCUAAGAUAGGACGCAACCCUACGUCCUUUUUGCAUAUGAACUAUAUAGUACCGGCUGUAGAACCUGGACUCUCGUUCUGAUGGAGGGACCACUUUGAUGGCCUCCUUCAUCAGGAGAGUGUUUACUUCCUGUUCCAUGACCAGAGCCUGCUGGCUUUCCACCAGGGUGGGAAGAAUCCCGUGAAGACGGGGCGGAGGAGACCCGAACUGAAUUGAAUAGCCUCGCUCUACAGUGAGCAGGACCCACAUCUGACACAUCUGGAAGAGCUUUCCAAGCUGCCAGAAAGUGCCUUAGGGGUAUUAGUCUUUCGAGACUGACCUCCGGUGUGCCUAGAGCCAGGGCAGUGCCCUAAGAAGACUCUAGGGGUGGCGAGAUCUCCUAGACCACAACGAUGCUGGAUUGAGAGAGGCAUGGGAUGAGAGAGGCAUGGGAGGUAUUGCUGGAACACUGCCGGCGGUUUCUUACUCCUGAAGGAGUGAGUGGGGCAUCAAGCAGUCCAGAAAUUUUUGAGAGAGUGAGCCAGAUGUGCCUCUUUGUCGAGCAGCCCCAGCAGUCUCUUUAGUGGCUCUGAAGGCUAGGUGAGGGUUAGGGAACUGGCCACCCAGGGCACCUCCCACAUUCAGUUAGUGCAGCAGUUCAGCCUGAAACGCCUUAUAGGACCACCAUGGUGUGCAGGGAUGCAGCGGCUUGACCUGCCGAGACAUAAGCCUUACCCACGAGCGUUGACGUAUUACGCAGUGUUUUCGUGGGUAAUGUCGGGGUCAUGAGGGAGGAGGCAAUCCCGGGAGAGAGAUUGCUCGCAAGCAUCUCUUCAGCCCACAGCAUCGCUCCAUACCCGUGACCGGUAGAAAUGCGAGCAGAAUGUGUGUGGCACAAUAAGCACCACAAUAUGCGCAGAUCAUGCACAGAAUGUGCAGAGAAACCCGACCUAGCUCCGCCCCCCAACUCCAUAGCUCCUCGAUCCUAACUCGCAAAGCGCCCCCCUUCCUUCAGAGGAAGAGAGGCGGAGCUAAUGCUCUCAUCGUAGGAGGCAGAAACCGGCGAACGGUGUGCUUCCGAGCCAGUGAGCAACUGCUGGACCAAGCAGGUAAGGUUGAAGAAAGAGACGAGCCCGUCUUGAAACCCUCUGCAAGGUCCAUUUGCUAGCCCCAGGAACUAGCGUGCUGCUCCGCCUCAGCGAGAGCGGGGGCAGAACCGUGAGGAGUGCAAGCUCUCAGGAGCGGAGCGAUGGCAUUGACAUGCAGACGGUUCGAGAACCGACUAGCGUGUUUCGCUCCCAGGGUGAAGGGUGAAAUAUAUAUAUAUAUAUAUUUUUUUUUUUAUGACGAACAAUUGACAGACAUUUCAACACAUACACACAGAGCGCUUCGUGAACAAACAGAAGCUCCCGCUGCCUUCACUUGAUAUGCUUUAUACUUUCUGGUCAUGACAUCACCCCACCGGUGACAGCCAGCGUCCAAUUUUUGACUGAUUACACACAUUAUUAUUAUCAUUAUUAUUAUACCCAGGCGUGUUUCCAAAGUGUUUCGACCCAGCUCGAGUUCCUGAAAGUGAACUCAGUUUAUUUAAGUUUGAAUUUGAGCGGUUGUUGGUUUCAUUCAAAUGGAAAAAGAGCAAAAUACCACAAGCCUGUGAUUCUUACUUUUUCUCCAUGUGUCAUCUUUGCUGUGAAGGAUCAAAUGAAGGGAGGCAGGAGCAAAGAGUGUGCACCUGUUCUGGCUGAAUAAUACAAUCGUGAAGUAAAUGAACAGAGGAUGCUGAAAUUUAGUUACAGUGCUCCUCUUUAAAAAAAGAGUUACACAUUCAGUCUAAUAAAUAUUUUAAUCAGCUCUUUCUAUUUUGCAAUUAUUUUGUAAAUAUGCAUACAUUUUUUGCAAAAGUGUUACAUAUAUUUAUAUAUUCAAAUGUCUUAUGGCAGCUUUUCAAUUUAGUAUCAUCAGUGAUCUGUCCUCAAAUCUGAUCUAAUCCUCUCACCUACUAUAGGAAAGAAAAGGAACAGGAGACUUACAUGAAUCUAACUAAUUACUGGUUCUGUAGAAUGUUAAUUUACAUGAAUUUAAAGUUUGUACAUUGCUUUUCUCCCCUCAUUUGAUUCGCCCGUGUACGUUUAUGUGAUCAUGUGCCGUCAUAUUCGCCACCAUAGUCUUUGUACUUUUUUUUUUUUAUGUAUGAACUUCAUAGAUUGUUUUAUUAACUUUUUUCAUGUUUGCCAUGCUCUCAUUUUUAAGUUACAUUCAUAAACAAAAAAAUCCAUUGUCUAUUUUUGUAUAAUUUGUAAGUUAAAAGAAUUUGUUUCAUUUUUGGAUUUUUUUAAUGUAUGGAAAAGUAGCAUCUAAUUCUGAUAGCAUUUAGUAGUGUAGAUUUUUUAAAAUAUAUAUAUAUAUAUAUAUAUACAUAUAUAUAUAUAAUGAAUAUAUAAAUCUAUACCUUUUUUUCUUGUUGAGGCUUACAGAAGUUGAUACUGUUAAACUAAUAAUAUGCAUGGGCUCUUCUCUCCUGAGAGUGACAGUUCCAUUUUGUGUGUUGAAACCAGAGGGGAAUUUUUUUGAAAUAUGAAAAUACUUUCUUUCUCUUUUGCAUUUACUUUCCUAUGCUUCUCUAUUUUUUUAUUUUAUUUGACAAUUAUUUAUGCCUGCUUGUAUAUCUGUAUAUUUUCUGUCCUAGUCUUUUCACUUUACCAGUACCAGCAGUUAAGAUGCCUUAACAAUGCAAACUAAUAAGCAUACAAUCACUUGCACAGUCCCAUCACCACCAUUAAACAAUGCCAUCGACUUUCUAAUGGGGCAGUUUUAAGACAUCAAAAAAAGCACAAAUUGGGCAGUUUUACAUAAAUACUGUUAAUAAGACCCUGCUACACAAAGCAGGGAAAUGGUAAAUUAAGGGUUUUGUUGGGGGUGGGGGGGGGAUUGUUAUGAAGGAUAAUGUGGAAACUGAUGUUGUGUCUGGAGAGACUGUAUGAUUCAUAUUUUUUUGUGUAUUGUGUAUGUAUUUUGCAAAGGGUAAAUAGGGUGCACUUUAUUAUUAAUUUAAAACAAAAACUGCCUUUUUAAUUUCAUUCGUGUUUUUGAGUGUGUGAGGGGGGACCCUAAAAAGCCAUAGCGUUUAAGCCAGAAGUUCACAUUUAGCGUACAUAGUGCCGAUCUAAUGGUGCAACUCUACAGAUGGUAGCACACUUUGCUGCGUGUCUGUGUGUGUGUGUGUGUGUGUGUGUGUGUGUGUGUGUGUGUGUGUGUGUGUGUGUGUGAUGCUAUCUUAGUGCUCCAGUAAGUAGCACUGACACAUUUCUCCCUUUGGAGUGAGAGGUCUGAAUGUCAGAGCACAACAUGUUGCCUCUCAGGCUCUUGCACUAACUCUGUCUGCUUCGCCGUUAACUCGCUUUCUUCUGCCAGCCAAACUGCUUGUUGGAACAAUAUUGCCAACAGAGCCCUAAGUGUUUAGGCUGUAAAGUGCAUGGACCUUUGUGAGGAGAAUAAAGUGUUGUUUUCUGUACUGUGUGUUACCAUCAAACAGAGAAUAUGGCUUUUAAUGAACCAAUGUUGAGUUGAGUUUUUCUGUGUCUGCGUGUGUGCGUGCGCGUGUGUGCGUGUGUGUGCAUGUGUGUGUGUGUGUUUUGUGAUUGAAGCCACUGAUGACAGAGCAGCGUUUGAGCUCUUCUAUCACAUUCUCACUCCGUAAGAGUGAAACAAACAUUUUCUUUCACAUUAAUUAUAACUAUAUGGCUGUCCUACAAUGAACUCUUUGUAAAUUUUUUCCAUCGUAAUGAUCAGGAUCAGGAUGGUCAGCUGAUGAAGCAACAAGCAUUCUAUAUAAAACAACACUCAAACCAAAAAAGCUGGUUCCCAUUAUUUCUUUUUCUCUAUUCUUUUCUCUUUUUUUUUUUUUGUUUGUGUUUUUUUUGUUUUUGUUUUUUUUUCAUGUCUUUGAAUAGAUUCACACUGAGCAGUUUUGUUGACAAAAACUACUGUAUAGAUUGUUAUCAUUUUUUUGGAUGACGGCUGUAAAAUAACUUUUAAAAUUCACAAUAUUUAAUUAAAGUUACUUCUUG